AUGCUCUUCUCUACCAUGACCGCGGUCUUGAUCCUGUUCGCCGCAUCCGCCGACGCCCUCCCACGGCCACAGCAGAGCCCGACAAAGUACACGCCAGUUCGCGACCUCAGUAAACUGGCCAAGUACUUCCCCAAGAGCGCACUUCCUGCACCUGAUGGUCAACAACUCAAGUAUGUCGUACUCGGAAUCGGCACGCAAAACUACACUUGCGGAUCCGACGAGAAUGCUGCCCCAGGUACCACUGGCGCACUGGCUACCCUAUACGACAUUGGCUCCAAGCUCAACGACGACUGGAUGGCUCCCUGGAAGAUUCCUACCAUGUCUCCCCUUGCCCUGUCACUCAGCUCGAUGCCCGACAUGCUGGACUGGAGUCUCCGCUCCCAGGGCUACAACAACAUUGCCGGCCACCACUACUUCAGCCAGAUUGCCCAAGUCAACACUCCCAUCUUCGCCUUUGACCAGCUCAGUGCCUCGCCCUAUCCUCUUGCGCAGGUGGCGAAGCUCAACGGGACUGACGCUCCUGCCAGCGCCUGUCCUGGCAGUAACGGUCUUCCCGCCAUCCAGUGGCUCUAUCUCAAAGACAUCACCGGUGCGUCUGCUGGCGGUAUCGACACUGUCUACCGCGUCGAGACCGCAGGGGGCAACCGACCAGCGACCUGCAAAGGCAUGCAGGGCUCAUGGCAAGUCAAGUACGCCGCUCAGUAUUGGAUUUUCGGGCCCAAGCAGUAG